CCUAAACACCUUUUCCUAAUUUGAAUUUUAAAUGCAUAAUGCCACCCAAAUUCCCUCCCAAACUCCCCCACACUUUUCCAUUUUAAUAUAUAUAAAAUAUAUAUAUUUCGUGAGUCGGCCGAGACGCCUUUAUAUACCUCGCAUACCUUCACCAUCUUAUUCAUCAAUCAUCUCAAUUCUCUCUAUUUUAAAUUCUCAGGAGUCCUCUUUCAAGAUGCAGAUCUUUGUGAAAACCCUAACUGGCAAGACAAUCACCCUGGAGGUGGAGAGUUCUGACACCAUAGACAACGUGAAGACGAAGAUUCAAGAUAAGGAGGGAAUUCCUCCGGACCAGCAAAGGCUGAUCUUUGCCGGAAAGCAGCUCGAGGACGGCCGUACCUUGGCUGAUUACAACAUCCAGAAGGAGUCAACCCUCCACCUAGUGCUACGUCUCAGGGGUGGGAUGCAGAUAUUCGUGAAAACCCUAACCGGGAAAACGAUCACUCUCGAGGUUGAGAGUUCUGACACCAUAGACAACGUGAAGGCCAAGAUUCAAGAUAAGGAGGGAAUCCCCCCGGACCAGCAAAGGCUGAUCUUCGCAGGAAAGCAACUCGAGGAUGGCCGUACAUUGGCCGAUUACAACAUCCAGAAGGAGUCAACCCUCCACCUCGUGCUUCGUCUCAGGGGUGGGAUGCAGAUAUUCGUGAAAACCCUUACAGGGAAAACGAUCACUCUCGAGGUUGAGAGCUCAGACACCAUCGACAACGUAAAGGCCAAGAUCCAAGACAAAGAGGGCAUUCCUCCAGAUCAGCAGAGAUUGAUCUUCGCUGGAAAGCAGCUUGAAGAUGGCAGAACGCUGGCUGAUUACAACAUUCAGAAGGAAUCGACUCUUCAUUUGGUGCUCCGAUUGAGGGGUGGGAUGCAGAUAUUUGUGAAGACUCUCACAGGAAAGACGAUCACCUUGGAGGUAGAAAGCUCAGACACCAUUGAUAAUGUUAAGGCCAAGAUACAGGACAAAGAAGGAAUCCCGCCAGAUCAGCAGAGACUCAUCUUUGCGGGGAAGCAGCUUGAAGAUGGCAGGACCCUGGCUGAUUACAACAUUCAGAAGGAAUCCACUCUUCAUUUGGUGUUGAGGCUUAGAGGUGGAAUGCAGAUUUUUGUGAAGACCUUGACUGGAAAAACCAUUACUUUGGAGGUGGAAAGCUCUGACACUAUUGAUAAUGUGAAAGCUAAAAUUCAGGACAAGGAGGGUAUCCCACCAGAUCAGCAAAGAUUAAUCUUUGCUGGGAAGCAGUUGGAAGAUGGGCGCACUCUUGCUGAUUACAACAUUCAGAAAGAGUCCACACUCCACCUUGUCCUCCGUCUCCGUGGUGGUUUAUAGAUUCCUCUCUUGUUGAUCCAGACCCAUGUAUGGUCUUUUGCACUUGAUAUCAAGUGUAUCGUGUGUUCACUUUUAGUUUUCGUUUAUGAACAAUAAUUAUGUUGUGUUGAUGUGUGGCGUCAGACUUGUUAGCAUUUUGCAUUUUAUGCUGCUGUGAAGAUCUUUAUUUGGAGUUCAUUUUUCUUUUCUAUUAUAUUGCAAUCAGGUGUUGUGAUCCCGGAGCUAACCUACCGAUCUCAUCCUGUUGGAUCUUUAGUUUGGCAACCUGGCUUUCAAAUAUUUGUACUCUAUUUUACUUGACUUUUGCUUAUAAUCCCCAUUUGCUAAAUAAUGAAGUCUUAAC